CUUCCUUCAUAGGUUUUCUGUCUUUGAAGUAAACUCUACCAUUUUCCUUAAAUUUCUUUCUUAAGAACUCGUGUUUUUAGGUUCUUUUUCUAAGAAACAACAAAGUAGAGGUGGAAAGAAAGGACCUUGAACUGUUAAUACUGCCCAAUUAUCUAUACAUUCUAAUCCUUCUGAAUAGGCAUGGUUUCCUCCUCUGCCCCCAAGUCCAUUUUAACACCGCUCUGCGCACACUGGCCAGGUCUGACUGUGGAGUCCGAAGCUUUUGUACCUCUUGGACCUCAAACUCUAGAGGAGGGGAAAGGAGCAUGCCCUCGCAUUCUUCUUCAAAUCGUCUCCUGGUGUUCUGAGCUUUGUAUUUAUGGGCUAGGAAGCAAAGAGAUCCUUGCUUGUAGGGAAUGGACCUUAUUUUCCUGAAGCCAGUUCACCCCCAAGGAAGAAAAUAGCUCCCUGGAAGAGAACUAGUUGAGAAGGGAGGAAGCAGUUGUUAGAUUUAUUUUGGAAGAAAAGCGAAAGAAGAGCCUGUUGAAUAUGUGGACCUCUUCCCUUUUCUUUUUUCCUAGUGAGGGGCAAAAACUCAGUCUCCGUCAUUUUGGUCUUCCUGGGACCUCUCCUUUAGAACACUUCAAAUCUGGAUUAAAGGGAUCAGAAUUUGGGUGAUGAUUUCUAGGAACCCAGAAGGAAAAAAAGGAAAUUUUAUUUUCCUUCUCUGGAGGGAGGAAGAGGGGUGUGGAAAGAUCGAUAGCAAGAUGUUCUUUGAGGAGAAAAAAAAAAAAUCGAAAGCUGUGAUUUCCUAAUACUGUUGAUCUGAGUAGAGAUUUUUACCCGAAGCAGAAGCUGUAACGUCCUGGAGCUACCAGUAGAGUCCGCCUCAGACCAAGUUCACAGCCAGACAGAAUUAGAGGCUGCGUUAAGGGCCCGCAAAAUGCUGCCUCCUGUUUCUCUCCCCUGUUUUCUUGUCUUUACAACCCAGGCAAGAAUUUCAGAACUCUCUUCCAGUAUAUUUCCCACCCCUAGCCAUAAUCCCAGAAGAAAUUAGCACCCUCCCACUUCCAAUAGUGCCUCUUGCCACUCUUCAUCCUCCAAAGAAGUAAAUUCCCAAAUCACCUCAGUGCUUUAUGAAUUCUCAGUGAAAUAAAAUAAAAAUGUAAAUCUCCCAAAUCUCUUUUAGGAAGCAAUUUGACAGUGUUCAGGAGAGACCAUAGGUGGAAGAGAUACACUAGGUGAAAGUAGCAAUAUCAUAACCUUUCUAUCAUCACAACCAGAGAUUUGAUGCAAUAGGCAGGAAUAUCAGUUAUUGUCUUCAGGAAAUCAAUAAAUCUCACAAGGAAAAUUUAAGUCACGAAUUCUUCCCCUAUCAAUAUUUGGGAAUCAGAGUCAGGUGAUUAGAGAGGAGGAAGGGGAUGGAGAGAAAAAUAUUCAAUUUGGGUUUGUGGGGUAGGCAGAGGAGAAUUCGACCUUGGGGUUCUUGUUAAGUUGGCGUUAUUUCUGAAAAGGUCACGAAGUUGGAGGGUCAAAAGUUUAUGCUCGUCAUGAAACUGGAGCUGAGAAUGUGUCUAGCUCAAGAGAUUAUGUAAAGGGUAGGGGGAGAUGUAGACUUGGAGGAAGAGGGGGCGCUAUUUAUGGAAAAGAAAUAAAACAAACAGCUAGUGAGGAUGAGUAAGAAAAACUGAGUGGAGGCGCGCUUGGAAAGACCACAGCAGGAGACAAGGAGAGAUAGGAAGUGGAAGAAAUGGGGUAGUUGAAGAGGUAGUAGCCAGGAGUAGAGGAAGAUCAAGAAUAGUGAUCUUUUUCUGAAAAUAGUGCUGGAAGAGGUAUAUGUUUUGAUAGAAGUAAAAGUGAGAAAUGGGGUAAGAGGAAGCGAAUUGAAUUUUUAUAUUAGAAAGGACCUCGAGCAUCAAAUAUCAAUUCCUAUUCCCUUCCUCUUGAUAAUCUUUGCUAUACUGUAAGAGAAUCUAAUUAAAACUUAGUUACACACAUUUAUUAAAUCCAAUUAGAGAGAAGUCCCUGUAGGACAGUAAAAAGAGCCAAACGAAGUCUUCAAAGGUGAAGACCCAAAAUAUGUUGAUGGCGAUGAUGAUGACAACGGUCAUCAUCAUUAUUAACAUUGUUUUGGCCCUGGUGGAGGACUAGCUUAACAACUCCCUCCUGUUAAUUUCCCAGACACUACAAUCUCCUGAAAGGGAAUCCUGGGGACGUACAGUUAAAGUGGAGACUGAGGUUGUGGAAAGAGAGGAGAUGGGUAUUAUGUCCUCAACCCGACAGGCAUCAAAACCCCUCCCUUGUAUUUUCGUUUUCCUUCUUUGAUCUCCUGAAACUUUGAAGCUCCCGCUAAUUUCUUUACUUCCCCCCAAUUUCUGCUCACAGUCAAAUUCCCAACCUAAUUCCACAUUUGCAAAGAGGCUAAGCAAGAAGGAAGAUUAUCCUCCAGACAUUUAUCUCUUGCUCUUGUAACAAGCUAACAGAAAUUCAUCUUCGACACACCCUAUAGAAUUUAAUUUAUAGGUCAAACGAUGAUAUAUAUACUUAGAGAAGGGCUGUAAUUAUAACAUCGACGCAUGUGCUUCUUGUAGGCAUAGAAAUGAAUGUCUAUUACAUUAUACUAUGUCAUCACAUUAUUAUAUGAGUAUUUAAUAUAUGAAAGCCUGGAGUGUGUGCAUAGAUAACGAUAAUCCUAGUUUUUCGGCUUUAUACUACACUCUAAGUUGGAGAUAAGGCAAGGAGUAGAGAGAAAGGAGCAAGGAUGAUGUUAAAAUACAACUUGACUCUGUCUUUUGAUUAAACUGCUGGCCUCCAUUCCUUCUCCACUUCUUUUUCUCAUUCUCCCGGGUGUCUCAGAAGGAACGGGGCUAGCUUUUUUGGAAUUCGGGAAACGGGAAACGAGAAAGCAACCUCUAUGAAGAGGUGGCAGGCUCAGUAUCUCUUUUCCCUUCUCCCUUUUUUGCCGAACUUCAGGGUUUCCGUGAAUUUCAGAGUUGGAAAUAAGAAGAGAAGGCCACCCAUAGAUAAGUAGAAAUGAAUUUGAGUGUUACAGUAUUUCUGAAAUGACCGGUCUACUCCUGGUCAGUCAAGAAGAAUGUGACACAAAUCUCUUAUUUAUCUGGUCCCCGAGUACUGCUACUGAAAAUUCUGCAUUCCGAAACUCGUGCUCGAUCUGGGAGGAACAGGUAGCUCUCACUUCGCGUAGCCGGCCUGAAUCUGAUUCCGUCAGAAUCAGAGAAGAGGGAGAGCAGAAGAGGUUCUCUAUUUAAAAUAUAUCUCAACAAUAUUACAAGAAAGAAAGGAAUUAUCUUCUUACAAUUGGAAUGUUUCCACCAUCUGCUCCCUGGUCUAAAGAAUGAGAACAGAUUUAUAAAAAGGAAAAGAAAAAAUCCAAUUUCUUUAAGACCCAAUGCAUUUUCUGUAAUUAAUGUAACUAAAAAACUACUCUCCAAUGCUCCUGAAUUUUCCCACCCCAUUUGGCCUAAUACCUUUGUAAUUUUCGCAAAUGCCCCAGGAAUCCGACUUGCCGGAGGACCGGAGAAAUAGGGAAUACGUUUCCCUAGCGCCUAAGAAAGAACCUGUGGCCUUAAACACUACUAAGAAGUUAGGUGCGUGUGGUACUCUUUCAGGGAAGGAAGGAUGUCCUGGAAAUGAAAGGGCAGAAGUCGGGGCGGAGGGAGCAAAGAGAGGUGCAUUAGUUAGUCAAUAGUUCUUCGCUGGAUUCCUUCGGGUCCAAACACCCUCGUAUUUUUGACUUCCCUUUACCCUUCCCUAUUCUUCAUCCCGACUCUGUCUGGGAGAACCAGCCCUGAGAGAAAAUGCCCAGGCUCCCAAUCUCUAGUGCCCUCUUUGGAAACAAGUCUCAGGGCCAAAAAAUAGAUUUGAUUACUCGAAAAUCCCAGCGGCUGCUGCGGUAGCCUAUAGGGUAGGGCGGGUUUGUAUCCAAAUGUGAGUGUUAAAGAAGGAAUUGGGGGGGAGUGCAAGACGGAGGAUUGGAAGUGACCGACUCUGGAGAAAAUUCAAGGCAGCGAGGAAGAGCUGAAUAAAAUUCCUGCCAUGUCAUUUUUCUCCCAAGUAAUGACCUGAGUAAAAUUCAAUAUGACCGAGCGAACUAUGUGAGCGUAUUAUAGAAACGGCCUGCUAGUGGGAGAGACCGGGAGAGGGGUGAAACGUAGGUCACGGCGUCUAACAGAUAUUAAAAUGUUCAGGAGACUCGUGACACGCCUAGCUGUUUAACAAAGACUGCCAAAGUAUGAGAUUAAUACGAAAACUUGCGGCUUCAAAAACAAAACACACCCCAAAAAAAGUCCUAUUCUAGUCUUGGAGGGGGCCUGGGACUGACUGGUUUUCCUCGCAGUCGCGGUUCCGUCUAUCUCUCCUACAAUAGUGGAAAAGGAGAGCUUAUCUUAUCGAGAAAAACGAAGGGAGGACCUAACCCGACAGCUCAAAUCUCCGCAGACCGUCUGUUGGGGGAAAAAAGUGUUAGCCGCCUCUCCAGGAUCUGCGAGGGGGAAAAAAUUUGGAACCAUAAAGUUGAAAACUUUUUUCUCUCAGUUUGGAAGAAGGCGGUCAUCAUGAAUAGGAUCCGUGGAGCCCAGGCGAGAAGAGAAGAGAGACCCAAAGGUCAGCCGCUUCCAAGAGACCACGGGAGGAGGGGGGCGGAGGGGGGGGGUCCGGCACAUCACGUGACCCCGGGGUGCCAAUGUCCAGUCCUGAGGGUAUCAGGCCCUUGCAAGUUGCCACCCGCCAUCCAGGGCUUGUCCAGCGAUGCAGAAAGCGACCUACUACGACAACACAACAGCUCUGUUCGGAGGUUAUUCCUACCCUGGCAGCAAUGGCUUCGGUUACGACGGGCCAACUCAGCCCCCCUUCCAAUCAGCCACGCAUUUGGAAGGAGACUACCAGCGUUCGGCCUGCUCACUCCAGGCCCUGGGCAAUACGGCCCCCCAUGGCAAAAGCAAAGAGUUGAACGGCAGCUGUAUGAGGCCUGGCUUGGCCCCGGACCACCACUCGGCCCCCCCUCCGGGUUCACCCCCUCCCAAUGCUGUCCCAACCAGCACCAGUAGCAACAGCAAUAAUGCCAGUGGGCCCAGCAAAAACGCUCCCCCCAAAUGCGGCCCCAGCUCCAACUCCACCCUCAGCAAACAGAUUUUUCCCUGGAUGAAAGAGUCGAGGCAAAACUCCAAACUGAAAAACAGCUCCCCCAGCACAGAAAGCUGUGGCGGCGGCGGCGGCAGUGGUGGAGGCGGCGGAGGCGGAGGGGGUGGGGGCGGCGGGGGAGGGGACAAGAGCCCGCCGGGAUCCUCGGCCUCCAAAAGAGCCCGGACAGCCUACACCAGUGCUCAGCUGGUGGAGCUGGAGAAGGAGUUUCAUUUCAAUCGCUACCUGUGCCGGCCUCGCCGGGUGGAGAUGGCCAAUUUACUUAAUCUGAGCGAGCGCCAGAUCAAGAUUUGGUUCCAGAACCGGCGGAUGAAGUACAAGAAGGACCAGAAGUCCAAGGGGCUGGGCUCUUCGUCCGGAGGCCCCUCUCCAGCCGGCAGCCCCCCUCAGCCCAUGCAAUCUACAGCGGGCUUCAUGAACGCCUUACACACCAUGACCUCCAGCUACGAGACCCCGUCCCCUCCUGCCUUCGGCAAACCCCACCAGAAUGCCUAUGCUUUGCCGUCGAACUACCAGCCGCCACUCAAGGGCUGUGCCGCCCCGCAGAAGUACACGCCCAACCCAGCGCCUCCCGAGUACGAACCCCACGUUCUCCAAGGCAAUGGGGGAGCCUACGCUACACCGAGCAUGCAAAGCAGCCCUGUGUACGUCGGGGGAGGCGGGUACGUGGAUCCGCUACCGCCCCCUGCUGGUCCCUCCCUGUAUGGCCUCAACCACCUGUCCCACCACCCGUCGGGGAACCUGGACUACAACGGGGCGCCCCCAAUGGCCCCCAACCAGCAUCACGGACCUUGCGACCCACACCCCACUUACACAGACCUUUCUUCUCACCAUGCGCCUCCUCAGGGUAGAAUCCAAGAAGCGCCCAAAUUGACACACCUGUGAUGGGAGAAGUGAGGGAGAAGUGGCGUGGAGGAGCACAAGGAGGAAAGAGGGUGUGGGAAAGAGCCAGCAAGACUGAGAUUGUCCAGAAGUGAUGGGAAAAAACAGGAGGGAGGAUUACAGGGAGUUUCUCUUCGAAGAAAGGGCCUGGUGGGAGCUGGGGUGAGAGGAGGGCUUUAAGAGUAUUAAAUACACCCUUCCUCUCCUACUCUCCCACAUCCCUGCAUUGCAAAAUUGGUAUUCAAACUUUCACUCCCGAAUCCAAACCAGGCUAGAGAUCUUGUCCCUCUCCAUCCCCAUUACCUGCCCCCAUUUCCCCUGGUAAUUCCAAAGCUCCAAUACAACUUUUAAUUUUACUGCCUGGGGGGUGGGGGUGGGGAAGUUGGAGAAAGAUGAAGCUCAGAAAAUUGAAGUGGGGAUUGUGGAGAAGCACAUUUUAAAAGAGAGAAUAGAAUGAUUUAGCAAAAGGCAACCAAACUACUCACCUCCUACCUUUUCUUGGCUAUUCCAGAUAACUUCUUAAUUCGCCAUCUUGUUAGAAAGAAAACAUUUACAAAUAUGUCAACCCCCACGGCACAGAAGGGGCAUUAACUUCUCCAUUCUCUAGCACCUUCAAAAUCUAAAUCUUUCUCCCUUUCAUUUGGGCUUUAUCUAAGGCCACCCUCACUCCCCCUUCUCCUUUUCCCCUCCCCCCCCCAUUCACUUCAUUUGUUAGCCCUACAUCCUUUUUCCAGGAUUUUAAGAUCUGUAUACCUGGUGAUUCCUCCUCCCCUCCACCCCCAUUCAAUUUUCAGUGGGCUCAGGGAUGCUGAGAGAUCCUGAAAGUCAUAGCUGCCUAUAUUAUAAAGAUAUAGCUAUAUAUAUUUUUUCCUUUGAAAAAUGACUGAGGAGCAGAGGUAGGCCUGGGGCAAGCAAGUUGUCAGGUCUAAAUAUUUGCCUGUCUUCCCCUGCCCCCACUUUCUCAUUCUCCAGUCCAAUCACCACAUCCUCCCUCCUCUCUUUAGGGCUCAUCACAAAAAGCAAUCCAGACACAAGGGGUUAGAAGCUUUUUUUAUUAUUAUUAUUAUUAUUAUUUGAUUAUUCUCUUGACUUAACGUGAAAACAGGGUAUAUUUGAACAAACUGUAUGUCCCAGGGCCUGAGCUGAUGCCAGAGCCUUUGGUAUGUGCUGGCCUAAUGCUCCUAACUGGGAUACCAUUGUUGCACUUAGAGUUUACAUUUUAAUGGAUAUAAAAACAACUGUGAGAGAUGCUUGGGCCCGAAGAAUCCAGGCGUUGCUCUAAAAGCGUGUGUUCUAGUGAACAUUUUCAUAUAUAUUUAUUGGUUAUAGCCUGUUAAAAUAUUUUCUUUUUUUGUAUUAUUUAUCCCCCUACCCAACAUUAUGUAUUUAUAUGAAGUACAAAAGAAAAUUGUACUUUUUUCUUUUAGUAUUUACUUGUUAUAAAGGACAUUGUGUUUCCUGUCGUAAAACCUUUUCAAUUUUAGUUAUUACUGUACUCUAGGAAAGAGCCGUAGAUUUAUGUUAUCCUCGUACUUAUGAGCAAUUGUAAUUAGUUCUCUUAAAGGCAUGAAUUCAGCUCCUAAUCGUCUCUGUAUAGUCCUGAAUUUGUAGAUUUAGAGUUACUCCCUCUUGGAAAUCUUUAUUUGUUCUUAGGAGUUACUUUUUCCUUACUAAAAAGGGUUGUCUGUCAAGCAAUUCUUGAAUAAACUUUCUGUUAUCAAUUUUA